AUGCGAACAACCACGCGGGCGACGCGUCGCAGCGCCUUAGACAAGCUUGCUGCGUUGUCUGCGGAGAGCACCACCGCCCAGGACGAUGAUCGAGACAUCAAGCGAUUGUGCGCGCUGGGACGGCGUCACGCGGACGAGGCAGCGACGAAUGGCGGUAUCGAUGGAUCUAUCGCAGCACAGAAAGAGCCGCAGACAUCCAAUGUGCCUAUGAGCAUUAGGGAGUUGGAGGUGUUGAUAGCGUUGUGCAAGGCAGCACCGUUGAUACAGACAACGAAGGACGCCGAAGCAUUACUACGACAGCUUGCACCAUAUGUAUCACAAUCACAUCGACAAGCAUUCGGUCAUUCUCCGCUGUACCAGCGACUGCCGCCGUGGGAGACCCUCGCAUACGAUCUUACGACAGCAGUAUUGGCCUUGGGCCUAGACCAUCCCUCUCUACGGCCGGAAGCUUGGGAAUGUAUCAACGAUACAAUUGAAGAGCUCGGGACAAGUGCGGAGAAGACUGCGUGGCUCAGACCAUUGGAGAACGGCGAGACCAAAUUCGGGGUCGACCAGCAAACGCUCAAAGCCAUACAACUAAAUGUCUCCCUCCUUGGCUUCCUCCAUGCACUUUCGAAGUAUGUGCGGGUUUGGUCGCCAGAGCAGCGCAUGUCCCUGAUACCCAAACUUCAGCGGAUACUGUCCGAGAACUUCAUGGUAUCAUUGGAAGGUGCACUUUCCGCAGUCCGCAAUGCGAGCAGUACUUCCCGAACAGUCAAAGAAUGGAAACGAUGGACUCGCCACUACGCUGCGAAGGGACAUCCACUCGGUGCUAUGGUACUCCAGCAAGCUUUCAUGGAGAUUGUCGAAGAAAGUGUUCUGGCGUUGUUGCCCAUACAAGAGCCGAUGCGAGGAGAUGCCAUGCUCGAUAGCCUGAUGCAACGCAAUCUAGCUCUAUAUCGUACCAACAGCCAAGCAUCGAACGAGCACGUCAGAAACUUGACAGCCACGAUCGCGGAGCAGAUGAAGUUUCUCGAGGCGGAUGCCGACUAUCUGAAGCUAGCUUCUGUCUGGCAACAGCGCUUAAGCCGCGAGAUCAAAGCGAGUGCCCUCCGUAGCUUCUUGGGCUGUUGCAUUCUUGACGGCGAAGGUGCUAACAUGGAAAUCAUGCACACAGACGUACUGAAAGGCUGGCUGGACGCAGUAACUGCCGAUGCUACCCAGAUGAUCGACGAACCGCUCGCUCGGACCGUGCUCAAGUGCAUGGUCGUGCUGUCAAGCAUAUCAACACCUGUUGCUGCAGAUCUCACACGCUCCUUGCCACGACUGAUCGUGCAGGGCAAGAUGACACCACCGACUGCCGCUGUGGCUUGCGAGUGCCUAGCGCGGAUCUUGAAGAACACUUCCCAGGACUUGGUGAUCAGCACGCUCUACAAUCUGGGCAAUGUGCUCACUGCACAUUCCGACGAUCAGCCUAACAGAAAGUCGCCUUUGUUCAACAGCGGCUUGAGCUACGAUAAUCAUAGCAAGGACUAUGGCGGCUCUCAACACAAUCUUGGAAGCGCUAUAUCUCUAGUGCUCAGCAACAGCGACGAAGAGGAGACGGUCACAGUCUACGGGACCGUGGUUCAAGCAAUCGUCGCGAUAGCUGUUGGUCGGAUGGAAACACAGCUCACGGCAUUGGUCAUCUCCAUGCUUGUCCAGAAAGUAGGCAAGAUUAGCCAAGCUGUGGACACUCGCAUAAUCAUCGAGAUUGCCGCCCUCGGUCUCUGCGGUGGCAGCAACGAACUCAAGUCGCUGUUGCGGCUGUACGCUCGAAUGGGCAGCGAAGCGCUCGUACAGAACAACAUGCUCAUCGUUUCCGCUGUGAAUGAAGCACGCAUCCGCCUGGCGGGCUGGGUCAAGAAAGAUUCGCCCUUCUUUGAGCUGUACCUCAAGCACUUGUUGGGCUUGUACAUCAGUAGUGGCGAUACAGCUACUGAUCGGACGGUAGACUCUACGCUCGCAUCGAAGUCGAUUGCACAGCUGUUUCGACCAAUGGCUAUACUCGCGUCGACCGACACCGAGCACAGUCCCAGGGUCGAGGACGAAGACGAAGUGCGAAGUCUGGGUCGUGAUGUCUGGUUUAACAUCGCUGCGCACGGAUUUACGAUCAACUCAACGGCCACUAAAGAGCAUGCGCGGGACCUUCAGACGAUGGCAAUGUAUAGUCUGCCGCUGGUCGAUGAAGCUCGGGUGGACAUGCCGGAAAACAGUAUCGAACUCAACGCUAUUCUGCGUCGCGGAUCCGGCCCAGAGCAGCAUGUCCAGCAGAAGCAGUUGCUAGCCCAAGCACUUCCGGGAUGUCAGACAGAUAUAAUGAAACUGAGCUACCCUGAAUGCACAUUCUUGCAGGCGGCUCUAUUGGUCUCGACACUCCGUUCCCGUGGCGGUGACUGCACUGCGGUGCUCCCCUACUUCCUCGAGGACAAGGUCAAGAAGGGUGCCCUUGGGAACUGCAUGCUCGAGGUUGCUAAGAACAGCGUCAACGCCUACCUGAGUCGAUCACUGUCGGGCACGCGUCAGGACUUCGCCGCACCACAAGUGGCGGCUCAGCUAGCGACUUUACUCGAAGGAUGCUGUCAUCGCAUACCGAAGGUCCGCCAAGCGGCCGUAACAUCCUGCGAUCGGGUGAUCGAUCAGAUCCCUUCAGCACUUUGCCAGAAAGUGUCUCUGUUUGCGUUACUAGAACUGCUAUCACUCGUCUGGAAGAGCUGUCUCGAUACCGAGACCGACGAGUAUUCAUUCGUAUCACGCUAUAGCUCUCACCGAGGCAAUGUGUCCAUCCAACUCGGCGACGACGUUCACGACCGGCAGACAACACUCACCGCUUUCCACCAGCGAUGUCGCUCAUGGGUGACGAGAGCGAUCGCCGUUGCACCUUUGGACGUGAAGGGGCAUCUGCAGGCUUACCUGGAAGAGUACGAAGACGAUGGCGCAUAUGGCCAUAUUGCUCUCGGCAGAUCCUUCGCUGUCGAAAUGGGGGGCACUAUUCCACUCUCUGAUCAAAGACUCACCAGUGUUGCGGUGCCAGUCAAUGUGAAUACGGCGUCCGAUUUCAUGGCGCAAUACACCACCCGACAAGAGUACCGUCAUCUCGAUGGUCAGCUCGAGACUGAUGAGGAGUGGGCUCUCGUGGACUACAGCGGCAGAUCCCGGCCUGCUGUUCUCGAUGCUGAAGCACCUGUCCGUGAUGAAGCGGCCGAGCUAAGAGGAAUGGCGCAGCGCCUGCGAAAGCAGACUCAAGUGCCAUUUCAAGAGGUGCGCAACACUCUCCGUAACGCAGCAGGCAUUCUUAGUCGAAAUGGCUCAGCUCGCGUCGCACUGAUUCAAGAGCUUGUCGGCAUCCCGUUCCUGCUCUUCACGAAGCAGUCCAUCAAUCUUGGCAUCUCACUUUGGCUUGGCGUUGUCAAGGAGAAUCCAAGCUUGGAGUCGAGAGUCCUGGUAGAGGUUGCUGCCGGCUGGGAACGAUCCAUUCGCCUCAAGAAAGGCUUCUUCGAUUCACGCAUCAAGCAUCUCGACCCCUUCUACGUCAAGGAAGAAUUUGCCCCCUCGAACUGGGAGACUAUCAAGAGACGUGAGCAGAUGGUGCAUAACCUCAUCGCACCACAUCUUCGACUUGCGCAUUUCCUGUCGAGCCACUUCAGCGCCACGAGGUUGACUUCGCCAUCUGUUGAGCGCAUUUACUCUCGCCUGAUGCGCAUUACGUUGCUGGCCAUGCAGAAGACUGUGGACCAGCCAUUGGCUAGAGAAGUGCACUUCCACAUCAUUCUUCUCGCGCAGAAGGUAUUGAAGUUUGCAGUCCAUCUGGACACUGCUGCUAGAUGGCGUCUCAAGGAUGCAAUCCUGUCGGCCGGUCUGUCAUGGUUCUGCGCCGCGCCCAAGUGGUCCUUCGGCAGCAACAAAUUGCAGGUUAAGGCGGAAGUCAAGCUACUCAACGAUGUCACUGCAGAGUUUAGAACUCUUGCGGAAGUUGGAGCUAAGAGCUCCCGGGCGUUGGCAUCUUUGCAACAGAGGCAGGAUCUUCUGCUGCAGCUCAUUGCCCAUGACAUUGGUCGGCUCCAGAUCUGGACCAAUCCCGCGAACGAGUCAAAAGCUAUCAUGCCAGGCCAGCAGGAUGUGGCAAGUCAAGAAGCAGCAAUAGCGUCUUUACUUCAGGUCGCUUGGGAUGAAGAUCCGCGCAUCGCUGUCCAGCUUAUUACUCGCUUCCCCAAGUCACAGAGACUCGCUGCAGAGGUGCACAAGCUUUUGCUUCGCCGACCUGAAAAGGCAAUCCACGAGCCAGAUGCUCUGUAUAUCUUGCUGAGCUCGGAGUUACCUGGCGAUGUCAAGGACCAACUGAAGUACCUGCUCUACUGGGCUCCGAUCAACCCCAUGGCCGCCGUGACCUACUUCUUGCCUUCCUACAAGAAUCACGCCUUGAUCAUUCAGUACGCUGUUCGAGCUCUCGAAAGCCACGAUGUCGACGUUACCUUCUUCUACGUCCCACAGAUCGUCCAGGCCCUGCGAUACGAUUUGCUUGGCUAUGUCGAGCGCUACAUCAUCGAGACUGCUACAUUCUCACAGCUCUUUGCGCACCAGAUCAUUUGGAACAUGAAGGCCAAUGCCUACAAGGAUGAAGACUCGCAAAUACCAGAUCCUGUCAAGCCCGUCCUUGAUAGGGUCAUGGACGCCUUGAUCGGCAGCUUCUUGCCGGAAGACAAAGACUUUUACCACCGCGAGUUCGACUUCUUCGGCAAAGUCACUGGUAUCUCAGGUACACUGAAGCCCUUCAUCAAAUCCCCCAAGCCAGAAAAGAAAGCCAAGAUCGAAGAAGAACUCCGCAAAAUCGACGUCGAAGUCGGUGUCUACCUCCCCAGCAACCCAGACGGCGUCGUAAUCGGCAUCGACCGCAAAUCAGGCAAACCACUUCAAAGUCACGCCAAAGCACCUUACAUGGCCACCUUCCGCAUCCGCAAAGAAGACAGUAGCGACGCCGAUGCAAUCGGAGACAGUCGAGCCCUUAUGGCACAGAACGCCGCCGCCCGCCGUAGAUCAUACGAAAUAUGGCAAUCCGCCAUCUUCAAAGUCGGCGACGACUGCCGUCAAGAUGUGCUCGCCCUUCAACUCAUCGCCUGCUUUCGGGGAAUCUUCAACAAUGUCGGCUUAGACGUGUACGUCUUCCCCUACCGCGUCACGGCCACUGCUCCGGGAUGCGGUGUCAUUGACGUUUUGCCCAAUUCGAUUUCCCGUGACAUGUUGGGGAGAGAAGCGGUGAACGGUCUGUAUGAGUACUUCAUUAGCAAAUAUGGAUAUGAGGACUCCAUCCGAUUCCAGGAGGCGAGGAGUAACUUCAUCAAGAGCAUGGCGGCGUACUCAGUCAUCUCCUACCUACUGCAGUUCAAAGACCGACACAACGGCAACAUCAUGGUCGACCACGCCGGCCACAUCCUCCACAUCGACUUCGGCUUCUGCUUCGACAUCGCUCCCGGCGGCGUCAAAUUCGAGCGCGCGCCCUUCAAAUUAACGCAAGAAAUGGUCGCCAUCAUGGGUGGCUCGUCCAACAGCCAGCCCUUCAAGGCGUUCGAAGAGCUCUGCAUCAAGGCGUUCCUCGCGUCGAGGCAGUAUGUUGAGCAGCUGGCACAUAUUGUGAUGACGAUGCUGGAUUCGGGGCUGCCGUGUUUCAAGCCGCAGACUUUGCAGCAUUUUAAGGAGAGAUUUGUGUUGGAGAAGAGUGAUAGGGAGGCGGCGGAGUUUGUGAAGAAGUUGGUGCAUUGGAGUGAGAGGAGUUAUAGUACGGGGGUUUAUGAUUAUUUCCAGUUGUUGACGAAUGGGAUUCCGUACUAG